GUGACUUUGCCACGCACACACUCAGAGGAAAGAAGAAAGUUUCAGAAGAGACGCCUCUAUUUUGAGUCUUUGCAGAACUAGCCAUGGCUCGUCAAGUCAUUAUGUGGAUCCUCAUCUUCACUGUGUGUGGAGUGACCCCAGUCAUUUUGGCUAAGGAUAAGUUCUAUUGCCACAAUCUGCAAUACGCUGGCCCGAUAAAAGAUGUAAUAACGAUGAAACCAACCAAACUUGCUGAGAAGACAUCCAAUGCAGCUAAGAUAGGCAUUGGUUUUGCAAAAACCAUGAUUUCAAACACCAUAGGAGAAAUCCCAGCGGUAGGGUCCAUCCUGAGUGCGCUAUUUGAUGAAUUAGCCGAUGUAUUUGGACUUGGAGGAGGCCUGGAUCCAGAAGACGUUUACAACAGCUUGAAGGCCGAAAUCGAUAAGCUCAAAGAAUACAUGGAUCAGGAAAUUUUAGAAGCGAAAUUGGAGAACAUCAAGAACGCAUUUGGAACGAGAAAUGGAGGCAUUCUCAGCUAUGCGAUGUACUGUCAGAAAACAUACAAGAAUGAUGCAGAAGACAUGGCCCCUUGUUUAGAGAAUGUAAACGGUAUGCUGACCUCACAUUACCACAAUUUCCUCCUGGAAGAUGGGAAACCGGUCAGUGUCUACGAGUCUUCAUUGCCAUUGUUCCGCAUGUAUGGACAGCUGUAUGUGGACACACUUCUAGAAUUGAUUGGUGCGGCAAGAAAGAGAGGCAAGGAGAGUCAGGCAGCUGCACAGGCAGACACCUUGAUAAAUAAGGUGGCACGAUUUAAAAAGUAUUAUGAAAAAUCUUUCAAUAAAAUCGAAGCUCUUCAUACAAAGGUGCGCAUCAUGCCGGAGGAUAACGGAGGCUGUGGAUAUAUUCCAGGUGCUGAUGUUAACAUGUGUGUCUGCUCAUUAGGGAUUGGACCUAACAAAUUCGAUGAAGCAGAGAUCAAGAAGAAGGGCAAAAGUUUAAAAAACUGGUGUGUUGGACUUUACUUUAAAAGUAACAUCGACCCUUGCUCAUGGGCCCUGAAUGCUUACAACCGCACAUACGCAAUAAUACGAAAACAUGCUAUUCAAUCCUACUGGAAGAAACAAGUGGGAGAAGCAGUUGAGAACUGGGUGAAGAUGGCCGACGAGCUGAAACCACUGAAGGAAAAUAUGAAGAGGUCACUGUCCUAUCGAGAAAGAAUCCAAUUUGAUCAAGAAGUUGCAGCUUACCAUGCCAGAGUAAAUCAUGGGAAGUACUUGCGGGGAAUACAGAAUUGAUAGCCAGCCGAUGAUUGGGUCGAACAGUGUGCGUCGAAUUUAAUGGAUUUACAUGGAUAUAGUCUGUAAUCGGUUUUGUUAAGACGAUGAUUCUUUUCCGGCUCGUUUGCUAUCGUUAAAUUUUUAAUCGUUGGUAAUUUUAGGGGCGCUAGAAAUAAUUUGUUUUUAUGAUCCAUGCUCAUUAGAACUUAUCACGUUUCAAAAGUUUGUGAAGCGUUUUUUUUUUUUGUAAUGAGGGAAGAGGUAAGGAAUAAGCUGAUGUGUUAUCUUGGACAAAUAGUGUUUUUUUGUGGAAUGAGAAUGAACAGACAACAGGUGUGUAUGGGUUGCUGGGCUAUUACUACUGAGCAGACAAAAGAAGCCUAUUAAAGGAAAAAAGUUUAGAUCAGAAAAUCAUUUAGACUCAUAAUGGGUGUGAGAAACGAAAAUAUUCUAGAACUUCCAAGACUUUUUUCCUCAGUGAGUUUGAGAGUUAAAACUUUUUCGAGAUGUAUUUAGACUCUAUUCCGAACGUCAGAUUCAAGAAAACGCGCGGAAAGAGCGAGUCAUGGGUUUCGAUUGUAUGAUCCGAAAAAAAGAUAGGCACAAGUUACGUGCAAAUUUUUUUUCACUAAAAGGCCUAUGUUUACCCGUUGGCUUUUCGUGAUUAUUUUUCUGGUUUUUAGCGGGUUUUUUUGUGGAAAUAAUAAACAGUAAUUAUCAGGAGACUUUUCCUGGUGCCAGGAAGGAAGGGAUAAAGACAAAAAUUAAACAAGUCAAACUUUA